GCUAACCAAACCAGCACUUGAACGUGGGGAUUUCUGGGGGAGUCUGGGUGGUGGGCGGCAGCGGCGACUACAGUGACCGACUUGGGCACUGGAGCUAGCGUGGCGAUGCUGACACCUGCGUUCGACCUCAGCCAGGACCCGGAUUUCCUGACUAUCGCCAUCCGCGUGCCCUACGCUCGGGUCUCCGAGUUCGAUGUCUAUUUCCAGGGGGUCGACUUCAAGUUCUACGCCAAGCCGUAUUUUCUCAGAUUAACUCUUCCUGGAAGAAUUGUAGAAAAUGGAAAUGAGCAAGGGUCCUAUGAUGCAGAUAAAGGAAUUUUUACCAUUCAAUUGCCCAAAGAAACUCCUGGCCAGUAUUUUGAGGGGCUGAACAUGUUAACUGUUCUUCUGGCGCCAAGGAAAUCCAGGACUGCAAAACCACUUGUGGAAGAAAUAGGUGCUUCUGAUGUUUCUGAGGAAGAUCUAGAAGAUGACAACGAUGAGUUUGAUUGGGAAAUUGAACAGUCCCCCUAUAAAGAGGUGUCAGAAAGUGCUCUGAACCUGCAGGGCCACUAUGGAUUUGGAGGCCUACGAUCGGGAGUAUUUCAGCGAUUACAGGAUGAAUUCAGUGAUGUCAUCGAUAUUAAGGAUCCAGAUUUUACUCCUGCAGCUGAACGAAGGCAGAAACGCCUGGCAGCUGAGAUGGCCAAAUUUGAUCCUGAUCAUUAUCUAGCUGACUUUUUUGAAGAUGAGGCAGUUGAACAGAUUUUGAAGUAUAAUCCUUGGUGGACUGAUACAUAUUCAAAAAUGAUGACCAUUUUGGGAAAGAGUCAAGAGCAAGAAAAUCAUGCUGCAUUAGUGUCUUUUUCUGAAGAAGAGAAGUAUCGGCUACAAAAAUUUGUCCAUAAAUCUUACCUGCUGGACAAGAGAGCUCUUCGGCAAGUGUACUACAGUCUGAUUGAUAUCCUUCUGGCAUAUUGCUAUGAAACUCGUGUCAGUGAAGGAGAGAAGAAUGUUGAAUCUUCAUGGAAUAUCAGAAAACUGAGUCCAACACUGUGCUGGUUUGAGACUUGGACUAAUGUUCAUGAAGUCCUGGUGUCUUUUGGAAGAAGAGUUUUGUGCUACCCACUUUAUCGCCAUUUCAAGCUGGUAAUGAAAGCCUAUAGAGACACUAUAAAGAUAUUGCAGCUAGGUAAAAGUGCAGUUUUAAAAUGUCUACUGGAUAUUCACAAAAUUUUUCAGGAAAGCGACCCAGCCUACAUUCUAAAUGAUCUCUACAUCUCAGACUACUGUGUGUGGAUUCAGAAAACCAAGUCCAAAAAGUUGGCAGCUCUUGGAAAAGUCUUGAAAGAAGUAUCCCUGACAAAGGACCAGCUGGGAUUAGAAGUGGAAGAGCUGGAAGCGGCAGCACUUCUCGUCUGGGAGGAAGAAGCUGCAAUGGAAGCAGCCCGUUGUGUUUCUGGUCAGCAGACAUCUUCCUCCAGUUCUGAGGCAUGUGAUUUAGAGGACUCAGACAGCACAUCAUCUGAGACCGAAGACUCAGGUUCAGAACAAGAGGAGCUCAAAAGUAGUGAGUCUGAGACAGUAAAUUCUUUGCAAGAUCCCUUUCCUGAGGAAAGCAGUGCCCUGCUUAUUGAUGAUGGUGGGGUGUGCAGAAACUCUGCCAUCCUGAGGUCUGAUGUUUGUCAGGGAAAGCCACUGGCCUCAUCCCAGGCUCUUGACGGGUUUGGGCCUCUGAUAGAGGAGCUUGGAGGACAACUGAAGUCUACAGUUCAGAUUUCCAGACCCGAGGGCUCUGCUGCUGGGAACCCCAGCCGUGUACAGGGCAGAGACGACUGGCAGACUCCAAAGGAUUGAUUUU